UCAACUCUCAGACUUUCUGCGUCAAUGGUGCUGAUCUAACGUAAAUACAGUCUUUCUUAUACUGUGGUAAAAAUCUGUCAGAGCAUCUGAGAGCACCGUUAGUGAUGGUUAGCGAUGGUUAAUGUCGCGUUUGAGUGUACACAAGCCGAGCGCGAGACGUAUUCCUGAUCGGAAAUGAGCCUCGUGGCAUACGACAGCAGCGACGAGGGCUCCGAGAGCGAGCCCGCGGUGCCGAUUGUCGCGAACGAUAUCGUGCAAGUAAACUCGAAGCUGUCCCUACCUGCUCCGAGAGUAGUACAACAAUCGCACAGUACAAACGAUGAGGAGGAAGAGAGCGGCGGCGCGGACCGUAAUUUCCAGCAAUUUCUCGACACGCUGCCGAGACCGAAGGAUCCCGCUUUCACGGGCAACGUCGAAGAAGUGGAGGACGAGAUUCUGUUGAAGAGAGAAACGGCAAGUCAAAUCCCGAGGCCAGCCAAGAAGCAGACUGUGAAGAUAUCAGUGCCUUCCUUAUCGGAGUUUAAGGAUCUCGAGGAGGAGAGCGAGGAGAAACCACCCAGGGUCGUGCAACCGUCGCAGAAGGGCUGUGGACUCUUCUCCCUCUUGGUGCCGCCGAGAGGAGAGGCAGCACGCAACAAUACUCUAGUACCUCGGACCGUUAAGAACACAGCGGUAAAGGCGAAUGUACAGCGGUCGAAGACGCCGAGGAAAUCCAGUGCGAGUGAUUCCAAGAUAAAAAGGCUGACUACAGAUCAGUCGCGUAACGAACAGAGCUCCGACGAAGAGGACGGGACGAUAGAUUUCUUCGGGCUAGCUGCGAACGAGGAUACACCGGGUAGCUCCGCGGCGGGAUUGUUGGACUCGGAAUUGUCCGCGGAACUUGUACAUAGGCCAAAUACCGAAGCUUCGUUCGUGAAACACGCAGAGGAUCCUGAGACACGCAGCUCUUCCUCCCUUUCCGAUACUCCGACGGGCAGCCAGUCGAGCAAAACCUUAACGAGUAACAUUAUAAAUUUACCGAAGGAAGAGAUCUUACUGAAAAACAAGGCGGAGGUUGGCCCGAAGCUGCCUGUUCCGGAGCAGGAAUACAACGUCGACGUGGAGGGCAACGUUGCCUUCGACGAGAAGGCGAUCGAGUAUCUCUGCGGUAAACGGGGUGUGAAGCGCAAGGAGAUCGGCGAAGCAGAGAUAAUUGAGAUAAACGGGGAGGACAUAAAACCGGACGAGAGAGAGUGGCUGGUGAAGGCGCUGACGGAGGAGACUGUGCACAGGCCGGUGUCCAUGCAGAGCGGCGGGGUCAACUCCCAGUCCAAGAAGAAGCAUCAGAUAACUUAUCUGGCGCAUCAGGCCAAAGCCAUGGAACUGGAACUCAAGAAUCAGUGGGCACAGAAUAGAGUGGCGCGGAAUCAAACGAAAUCGAAAUACGGUUUCUAAAAACUGCGACUUGUACAAGAUUUGUACUGCGAUUGUACUUCUUUUUUCUUUUAAUUAACACAGUCUUUUAUUCUUAAAUUAGAGGCAUCUGUACGAUGAGUAUUGCAAAUACUGAAAAUAUAUCGAGAUUGCGGGGA